UUGGCCCGCCGCUUGGCACUCAAAACCUACACGGAACUGCAUGAGGAAGCGGUAGACAAAAACAGGAGACAGCAGUGAAACUACGAGAUAAAAACACAUUCUCGGAUGCCGUGUUUGUAUCACAAGAAAAAUGUCAGCUAAGGAGGGUGGAGACGGGAAAAAUGGCCAACCCGUGGCUAUGUCGUCUGAAAGCAUGGUCUCACUCAAAAAUGGAGAAAACCAGAACCAGCACAGAGGCGAUGCACCAGGAGGCACAACAGACACCAGCACAGCAGCAAAAAAUUUGGCUCUGCUUAAAGCACACUCUCUGGAUGUGAAGUUUGAUGUUGGAGAGGAGUAUGAUGUAAUAGAAACCAUCGGCACCGGUGCUUAUGGUGUUGUUUCAUCUGCCAGAAGAAGGGACAAUGGCCAGCAGGUGGCGAUAAAGAAGAUCUCCAAUGCUUUUGAAGUAGUGACCAAUGCCAAACGCACACUGAGAGAGCUGAAGAUUCUCAAGCACUUCAAACAUGAUAACAUUAUUGCCAUCAAAGACAUCCUGCAGCCAAACCUCCCUCACUCUGCCUUCAAGUCUGUGUAUGUGGUGCUAGACCUCAUGGAGAGUGACCUGCACCAGAUCAUUCACUCCGCCCAGACACUCACCUCAGAGCACACUCGCUACUUCCUGUACCAGCUCCUCCGUGGCCUUAAAUAUGUGCACUCUGCCAAUGUCAUCCACCGGGACCUCAAACCCUCCAACCUAUUGGUGAACGAAAACUGUGAGCUGAAAAUCGGUGACUUCGGCAUGGCAAGGGGUCUUAGCUCACAUCCCGAGGAGUCUCAUUCCUUCAUGACUGAAUAUGUGGCUACUCGGUGGUACCGUGCCCCUGAGCUCCUCCUCUCUCUGAAUCACUACAGCUUAGCGAUCGACUUGUGGUCUGUAGGAUGCAUCUUUGCAGAAAUGCUGGGGCGUAAGCAGCUUUUUCCAGGGAAACACUACGUCCACCAGCUUCAGCUCAUUUUGUCUGUGUUGGGGACUCCUCCUGACGGUUUGAUUGGUGCUAUAAGAGCUGACAGAGUUCGCUCCUACGUUCAGAGUCUUCCAUCACGGAGUGCUGUACCUUUGGCUAAACUGUAUCCACAGGCUGAACCUGAGGCUCUGGAUCUGCUGGGAGCUAUGUUACGCUUUGACCCUCGCGAGCGAAUCAGCGUGACACAAGCGCUGGAGCAUCCCUACCUGGCCAAGUACCAUGACCCAGAUGAUGAACCAAUUUGCGUGCCAGCAUUUGACUUUGAAUUUGACAAACUGCCAAUGAACAAGGAGCAAAUUAAAGAGGCAAUUCUGAUUGAGAUCCAGGACUUUCAUCAGAAUAAACAGAGCAGUCGCCAAAGACUGCAGUUUAAGCCCUUGGCGAGGACAAAUGUCAGAACUGUAGCACAAAGCAGUAACCAGCACGAAGCUCAGCCCUCAGUGGUUAACAUGGGCAAAUCAACACUGGUUCCAAUGGCACAACACCAACAAGCAGCACAGAUACAACAGCAACCAAUGAGAGACAUGAAACCUCAACAGCAACAGGAUCAAACACCAGCAAAAGAGAACCGCACUUUUACAGGUCAGAUACAAACUUUUACUGAGCCAGAAGUCGCCCCGCCUCAUGUGACCCACAGUCUGCCUCCACUUUCUAAAAGCGAAACCAUCCCAGUUGAUGUGGACAUGCCCAGCGCCAGCUCAGACAGUGGUCAGCCAGAGACUAUCGACUUGACGACACCAGUGUCUAGUCAGGACCUUCCAGCAGAAACAAUGAGAGACAGUGAGGUUCCAGAGCAGCUGACCAGCAGCAGUAAGGCUCCUCUGACUCAGACCACCCAGAGCCUGUCCAUGAGCCAGGGGCCCGGCUCCAUCCCCACCACGCCAGCACCCACCAUGACACCCCUCCCCACCACUGUGCCUACACUUUCUCUCUCGGCAGCACAGGCCCAGUCACUGUCCCAGUCCCUCUCACAGUCUCUGUCCAAGACUGCCAGGCCUCCGCCAGGUGCAGGAGAGGGAGCCAGGAAAGAAGGAGCAAUUUCAGAGGAUACUAAAGCUGCACUCAGAGCUGCUAUACAGAAAUCAGCUCUCAGAAAUAGAGCCAGGAGUGAUGGGGUUCCCUCUGCUCUGGGCAUUGAUUCUGGUGCAGGAGUUGGCAUCUCAUCCUCCACAUCUUCUGGUCCAGAGUCUCGUCGGCCUGUUACAGCACAAGAGCGUCAGCGAGAAAGAGAGGAGAAACGGAGGAAAAGACAGGAACGAGCAAGAGAGAGGGAGAAGAAAAUGAAAGAAAAAGAGAGGAGAGAAGGAAAACAAGGGGACUCUCUUGGAGGGGUCCUCCUGAGUGACAAUGACAAAAGUCUACUUCAGCGUUGGACUCAGAUGAGGGACCGACGCAAUGAGAAACCUCAGAUUCCUAAUAAUGAUGGAACACAGACUAAUGAUUGUAAUGUUAGCUCCCACAGGGGUGUUAUUGGUGAAAACACUCAAUCAGCACUGAACAAUAAAACCGACAAGGAGGCGAGGAAGAUUCAGCCUCAUGAACAGUUAAUCUCUCAAGUCAAACCAAACCAGCCGGCUUUGUUUCAGCCUCCCAGCAACCAGCAGCCUUCAAUACUUUUUCCCAUGAGCCAGAGGAAGCCUCAAGCCAAUAUAGUUGUUUCUGUAAGUGGAGGGCUGGAUAUAAUGACCGUCACUGGUGGAUUUGUUAAAAACAACACGCUCAAACCUCACAGCGAGAGCAACGGACAAAGUGGCUUUAACUGUUUGGGGAAUUGGAGCGGGCCACCGCAACAACCACAACCAAACAGAAAACCACCGCUUCAAACGACAGGCUUUCUUCAGCCACAGCUUCAACCUCAGCCCGACCCUCAACCUCCACCUCAGCUGCUUCCUCUGGAGAGUUUUUUGACCAAAGCUCCAACCAGAGAGAAAAAUAGAAAUGAGGAUAUCGGAUGCCAAAAUAACCUCAAAUCCCACCCCAACACCUCGACUUCAAGUACAGGUCAGAUGGAGAAGCUGUGUCCUUCUGUGGGAGAAAAAUCCGGGCCACAGACCACAAACCCUCUGUGUGGGGCUUUAGGGGUUCCCUCACAGCCUCAUCCCAGCCUUGGAUUCACUGAUACUGGACAACAGGGACCUUCUGUGGCCCCUGAUAUUCACACUGUAACACUCCAGCUUUCCAAGUCCCAGGUGGAAGACGUUCUCCCUCCAGUGUUUUCGGUGACCCCUAAAGGCAGCGGGGCUGGUUAUGGUGUGGGCUUUGACCUGGAUGACCUUCUCAACCAGUCACUCACAGAGCUGCAACACUGCGACCGGGACAGUUAUGAUUCAGCCCCUCUAUCAGCCUCCCUCCUAUCUGACUGGAAUGAGGUUCACCGCAUGACUCCAGCUGAUCUAGAGUCACUGCAGCAGGAAUUGCAGCUCGGCUCUCCCAUGAUCCUCUCUGAUACAAUUCCCCCUGAUGCCUGACUGAAGACAAUGCCUCUGAUUUUUACCUUCUUAAAGCAUGAAAUCUUUGAGUGCAGACUUAUAAAAAUAAUUUAUAAGCUAGUUUUUUUUUUUACUAGACAUAAAAUAAGCACUGUUUUUUAAGCAUGAUGACAUGCUGUUCUUUCUUUGUAAUAAAGAAACCUGAGUCCU